GCCGGCUUCCGUCUGCCGUAAAGUGUCGCGCUGCGCUGCCGUGAGCCCCCGCCAUGGGCGGCGGGCGGUGAUUCCCCGCUCGGUCCCCGCCGCGCCGGCAGCCGCCAUGGACGAGGAGAGUAUGGAGGAGGAGGGCGGCGGCGGCGAGGCCAUGAUGGACGACCAGAACCACAACAACUGGGGCGGCGGGUACGGGCGGCAGCUGCUGGGCCCCCCCGCGCCGCUCGGGGACCGGCUGCUUCGCGGCGCCGCCACCGGGUCCCAGGUCGGGCCGAGCCUCCCCGCGCUGCCCGAGGCCAACGGCGUCCUGCGGGGCUGUGACACGGCGGGCAAGGGGGGAGCCGGGGCCAUCGCCACCGCCAUCAACAUCAACGCCUCCACCUCCAAGUUCCUAAUGAAUGUUAUAACAAUUGAAGACUAUAAGAGCACAUAUUGGCCAAAGUUGGACAGUGCCAUAGAUCAGCUUUUAACUCAGAGUCCUGGUGACUACAUCCCUAUCUCCUAUGAACAAAUAUACAGUUGUGUGUAUAAGUGUGUAUGCCAGCAACAUUCGGAACAGAUGUAUAGUGACCUAAUAAAAAAGAUAACUAACCACUUAGAGAGAGUCUCAAAGGAGCUGCAGGCCAGCCCUCCAGAUCUCUAUAUUGAAAGAUUUAACGUAGCUCUUGGACAAUAUAUGGGAGCAUUGCAGAGCAUUGUGCCUCUUUUCAUAUAUAUGAAUAAAUUUUACAUAGAAACCAAGCUUAACAGAGACUUAAAAGAUGACCUUAUAAAGCUGUUUACGGAACAUGUUGCAGAAAAGCACAUUUACAACCUAAUGCCUUUACUUUUGGAAGCUCAGUCGACGCCGUUUCAAAUAACUCCUUCAACCAUGGCAAAUAUUGUGAAAGGCCUAUAUACACUACGACCAGAAUGGGUACAGAUGGCACCAGCUUUAUUUUCUAAAUUCAUCCCAAAUAUUCUGCCUCCUGCUGUGGAGUCUGAGCUUCAGGAAUAUGCUGCUCAAGACCAGAAACUUCAAAGAGAGCUUAUGCAGAAUGGAUUUACUAGAGGUGAUCAGUCACGCAAGAGAGCUGGAGAAGAGUUAGCUUACAAUGGCUCAUCAGCUUGUACAAGCUCCAGGGGGUACAGAUAAUGAACAUACCGGAUCCGCUUCUAUUCCUAGCCAGAACAGACAGUGGAGGAGUGCAGGUGGUAUCCGGAGCCUCCUUUGGCAGUUGCUGAUACUCCAGCUCUGACACGAACUAUGCCUCAAAGAAGAGAUUUGGACUUUCUUCUUUAUAUAAUAAAAUGUCAGUUGCUGCUACGAUUGAGAUGACUUUGAAAGACAUGAUUCCUUGGUCUGGCUUCUCGACAAGCUUAUGGUUUGCGAUCUUUGUGAGGAAUGCACCUUGAAAAACCAAUCCUUUCAAAGUGGAAAGAAACAGGCAGCCGAAAUCAACAGCUUCCAAAAGCGAUAGAAUGGAAGAACCUUUUUUGCACUCUUUUCUUAAAAUUAAGGACAUUCUUGAAACUAGGUAACGAGUCGGUGUAUUAGUUUUUAAACUUCAAGGUAUUUUCUGGAGCUUUUACUUAAAGAAUAAGAAUAAAGUUUUGUUAUUUUGCAGUAUUUGUUCCUUAGUUUAAAACCUGUCACCUUUGAAGAGUUGGUCCCAUAUCAAUGUAGCUUCUGUCAGGGAGUUUGAAAUUUGAGAUUUUUUUCUUUUCUCUCUUUUAUUUUGUAUUUUGAAAUCUGUUUUCUUGUGUGUUUGUACUCUGUGCCUUCAGCUUGUGCACUUUGCAACUUUAGAGACCAUAUUUUGUGACUGCAAAAUGUGCUCUCGAGGUAAAACUUGAUGUGAACGAACAUGCUGCAAAGUUGCACUUUUCUCUUGCAUUAAUGGGAGGUGAAUUUAAGAAGGAAGAAAAAUCAAACCUAUCACCGUCAUCACUAAUAAUGACUUGGAAGUUUGUCCCCUUUUUAUUUUUUGUGUGUAAUAGUGUUUAAUGCUGGGACCAGCUCUUGUAGAGCCCCUCUCACUGACUUUUUAUUGGCUUCCAUAAUUGCAAUAUUGAUUGAGAUGUGAAUUCCAGACUGAAUGAAACGUUUAAGAUAUAUUUUUUGCUGUCCUAUGUAGGAACAUCUUAAAAUUCUGCAGCCUGGUAGGUCUGCAAAGUGCAUCUUUGUCAGCCCAAAACAGAUCUGCGCCUGGUGGAUCAGCGAGUGAUGGUACCUGUCUUGGAUCACUGUGUGGCUCCUGUUUUUGUUUCUCCUGUAUCUGGGAUGCGGUGGAGGGGGGCGCGAUAGUGGAUGCUGUUGGAAUCUGGGAGUUGAGGAGUGGUGUAAUGCGUGGAUGUGUGCCCAUCAGCCUCCUGUUUCCAGCUGGAGGUCCAGCUGAGCCCCAUUCCAGGAGAUCUGUACCUUUGGUCUGAAUCCUAAGGGUGCUGACGUUGGGUUUAAUCCAUAAUGGCUAAUGCAAUUCCUUCAUGAGGGGAGAAACAUACUUGAAAAAGCAGUUUGGUAACAGGGUUUUUAUCAUUAUUAUGGAUUUUUUUUCUCUCACCUUUAGUUAUGAAGAGAAGUGAGUUGGUUAUAUAAAAUCUUUCUUAAGUGAAACAAAACAUUGUUCAGUUUUGUCUUGCACAGCUCUUACGCCUGUUAAAAGCAACAUGGAAAAAAACUACCACAACCUCCUUGAUGCUUGCAUGAGCUCAUUACAAAAUGCAAGAAAAAGAUGAAAACCAGAUGCGGCAGGGACAAAGGUUCUUUUUCUUGUUUUGUUGUCAGAUUUCAUGUAAAUGAAUUUAAUUCUCUUAGUCUCACAUCAGGCACUUUGGCAACACUGUUAGUAUGUGUGUGGGGUGGAAGAAUGAGGAGGACACUGCUGUGAUAGAUAGACUCAAAUCUAAUUUACCCAUAUAUUACUUUGUGUAUUUACAAAGGAUGUUUAAUUUUGAGGAAGUUAUCCUUCUAAACUUCAAAGCCAGUGCAUCAGUGUUUUGUUUUUGAUGCAGAACAAUGCUGGCAGUCGCAUCUCAUCCCAACAAUGGAAAACUGAACCACUCUGAGUACGAAUUUUAGAAUCGGAAUAGUUAGGGUUGGAAGGGACCUUAAAGCCCAUCCAGUUCCACCCCCUGCCAUGGGCAGGGACACCUCCCACUGGAUCAGGGGCUCCAAGCCCCAUCCAACCUGGCCUGGAACACCUCCAGUGAUGGGGUAGCCACAACUUCCAUGGGCAACCUGUUCCAGCGCCUCACUUAUGUGAGGUACUUAUUAUCAUCAGAUAUUGAUAAUAUUUGCUGUUUAUUUUGAAGCAGAAUUGGGCAAAACCAAGAUCUUUGACAUUUUUGCUGAAGUAGGUGAUGGGAGGAGUCAAUGUGGGCUAACAGGGAACAAAAAUGAUUUGCCAGGUUCCAAGUUUUUGUCAGUUUUGGCUUUAAACAAAAGUAAAACCUCUAUUAAUAGAGUCCUUAGCUUUAAAGAACACUUUGCUGAAAUGACAACGUUAAGUUAAGAAUAGAUGUGUUAACUUAAUUUGUUUACAGCUUCGUUACCAUUCUAGUUCACAUAAGUCAGUGAUCAAGCUGUGUCAUCUCUGUCAAGUGAUUGCAAUGUUUUUCUGUACGUAAAGUGGUUUAACUGGUUCAAGUUUGUAAAUAAUGUGUAGUCCUUUUGCUUCACGUUCGAGGCAAGGCUUCAACAUUCCUUUUAUGUUGUGUUAUGUUUGGGACACAAACUUCCAGAACAUUAAUUCCAUCUAAAGGUAAAGCGUUUCUGUCAGCGUGGUUCACUUCGUACGCACUGGGUGGUGCUUGGAUGCCUCUUGGUUGUGUGUAGCAUUCUCACUUGGCCUCCCUACCGGAGAAAUCUUUAAGCACUGUAUUAUGUUGUAAAUUUGACAUUAAGAUCCCUGUAUGUUUUGGCAUUAUUACCAUAAUGCUGAAAUAUUGUUUAUCUGUCAAAGACGUUAUCCUUGUGACUGAGCAUGAAGCAGAAUACAGCGUACUCUACUAAAUUAUUUUGUUUCUCUGUGAACUUGCAUUUUACUGACGGGAAAACUAACUUGGCCAACUUGAGCAUUGGUUCUGUAAAGCCACAACUACCAACAGCAUGAUCCUAACUGCGGUAUCUAAUUUAACUUGUGGUAACGCCGUUGCAUCUGUAGCUUACUCUGUUAAGGUUAAGCAGUAAAGUUGGUUACACAAUGGGUGUCCUCUUGAUGUUGCACUGGUUCUAUAGCCAAACUUGCUACAUUAAACUAUUUUUAGAUUAA